AUGUCAAACGUGGAGAGGAUCAACGAUAUUAAAAAUGAAAUGGCCCGCACACAGAAGAACAAGGCAACAGCCCAUCACCUUGCACUUCUGAAGGCUAGAUUGUCAAAACUGACACGCGAACUCAUUGCGCCAUCGAAAAGCGCAAAGAAAAAGGGCUCUUUCUUCGAAGUGAGGAAAUCGGGAAUCGCUCGAAUAGGUUUUAUCGGAUUUCCUUCCGUUGGAAAGAGCACGCUGAUGAAUCAGCUGACAAAUGCAAAGAGCGUUGUUGCAGAAUACGAGUUUACCACUUUAAAGACUGUACCCGGUAUCAUGGAGAUGCACCAGACCAAGCUGCAGAUUCUUGAUCUACCGGGAAUCAUAAAGGGUGCAAGCUUGGGAUCUGGAAGGGGCAAACAGGUACUUUCUGUUGCCAAGACCUGCAAUUUGUUGGUAAUUGUUCUGGAUUCUACGAAGAGCUUGACCGGUCUGACAACAAUCAAAGAGGAGUUGGAAGCUGUUGGCAUUAGGCUGAACAAAGAAAAACCAAAGAUAAAAUUUAGCACGCGAGAACGGGGAGGUGUCAAUCUGAUCAGCAGCAUCAAAAUCGAUGAGGUCGUUAUAAGGGACAUUCUAAAAGAAUACCGCAUAAAUUCGUGUGAAAUUAUCAUUGAGAAGGACUACUCGCACAACGUGAACGAUGCUGAGAACGAAAUUAUUGAUGAUAUCAUCGACACCAUAGAAAUGCACAUCAACCCGUCCUCCAUUGUUUAUAUACCUUGCUUGUACCUCUUAAAUAAAGUUGAUAAGGUUUCUCUUGCGGAAUUGGAGGUAAUGUGUCGUUUGCGGAAUUCGUUCCCUAUUUCGUCGUACCAUGCCUGGGGAAUUGAGCGACUGAAGGACCGGAUCUGGAAAGAGCUGAAUUUGAUACGAAUUUUUCCGAAGCCAAAGAAUAUGGAAAUUGGUGAUCCGGUGGUUUUGAAGCGUAACAGCACGGUUGCCGACUUCUGUGAUGCCAUACAUAAAAACAUGAAGGAAAAGGUUACGUACGCAUGGGUAUGGGGCGCUAGUGUUAAACACAAUCCGCAGCGAGUCGGGAAGGAGCAUGUUUUAUGUGAUGGUGAUGUUAUACAGGUUGUAAAACAAGAACUGUAGCGCUAUUCGCCAUGGUAAUUUUAUUAAAAUGCGUUAAACAGAGGA